GGAGUGAGAGCCUGCUCUUGUAUUACUGCAUUUUUGGAAGGGAAGAGUUGUCUUCUAACCUUGCAAAAGGAAAACUAGAUUAUAUUUAUUUUGGGUUUUUUCUGGUUGUUUUUGCAGGAACACCAAGGCAGUAUACUUGGGAAUACAAUGCAAACUGUAAUUGCCUUACUGAAUAACGUGGUUGCUAACAAAAGCACAGACAUGAUGUUACUUUUUAAAAAAGGACUGGCUCAUCAUAUCUGUAAUCUCCUAAUAGAAACUGUGGCUCUGUACUUGAAGGCAGAUGAUAAAAGCAGCAUCAAGACAGCAAAUGCACUGCUUCUGUCCUUGCUUGAUAUUUUGCACUGCAUGCUGAUCUACACAGCAAACAUUGUGCGCCGAACUUUACAGGCACAGAAAUCUGGCACAGGAGGGGACACGCAGGCUGCUGAAGACCUUCUGCUUAUCAAUAAACCCCUGAUGGACCUAAUUAGCCUGCUUAUUCAACUGCUUCCCAGUGAAGAUACUGAAAUAUUUGUGAGUACCUCUCAGUGCUUAUCAUUGCUGGUUCAGCUGUAUGGAGGGAACAGUCAGGAGAAUAUGUCUCCAGAAAACAUGGACAGCUUUGCUCAAGUACUGAAGUCCAAAAAAGACACACAACAACUGAAGCUUUUGUUGAGAAUUGUGAAGAGACUGAUAACUUCAAACGAGAAGUGCUUGGAGAGCCUGAAGAAUGAUGGUGAUGCUCUUAUCCAGACUCUAGAAAGCCUGGCCCAGACUGCCAG